AUGGGUACAUCACUGCCGAUCGCCGGCAUCAAAUGCCUGAUCGUGUGCGGAGCGUUCCUGAACUUCGCCUCGGAGAAAGCUGCCGCGACCGGUGAGGUGUGGUGGCAGGUCAACCGGAUGCUCCAGAACUCUCUCGCCAUGCAUGGCAAGGUCCUCGGCUCAGAAGACGGCACGGUAAGGAUCUACAUCAGGGUGAACGAGAACAGCCCGCACAUCCUGUGCGCCACCGCGAAGCUCAGGAACACGGAACUGAUGGACCCCGAGUUCUCCUGGCAAGGCCCCAAUGGGAGGGACCUCGCUCAGAAUGAUGACACGAGGGUGUCGUUGACGGGCACUCUGUCCAUCGAGAGGUUUCAGAAAGAAUACUCGGGCGAGUACACUUGCAUUAUGUUUUUCUACACGUCGGAGACAAAGGCAUUGCAGUCAUUGACUCUCAAGUAUCUACUGUACGCCUACCAACAACCCAACUACACGUAUGAGUUUCAGGCGCAGUAUCACGUGGCCAACUGCCUAAGCGCCAACAACAACCUCUUCCUGGACAAGCUGCACACGGCCUUGAACCAGCUGGUCUCGGGCCUGGCCUACGUGAUCAGCAUAUACAAAUCGGACUGCCAUAUGCUGAAGGUGCCCCUGGCCGGUAUUCAGUACGAGUUGUUCCUCACGUUCAAAGUCCACCUGAAGGAGGAACAGCUGGAAAGGAUCUGCAAGCAGAACUCGGCCGACUGCAACCACAACCUCAGGCUGGAGAAGGCGAGGCACCGCAUGCAGGAAUUCUUCGGUAAGCAAGCGGACAUCCUCCACCAGAUCAACGGCAGCCUGCCCCUCAUCUACUACAUUGAUGGCACGCUGCAGGUGAUCAGGAUCGACCGCUGCAAUCCGGGCUACGGGAAAGACCGGCGGAAGCACAUGGAGUGUUCUGGCUGCUGUGUGGUCUGCAGCCCGGGCUCCUACAGCGGAGACCACAGAGUCAGCUGCCUCCCCUGCGCCAGCGCCGUCAAGUACGGGGAAACCGACUGCAAAACCGACAACGAGUUGCUGAACAAGGGUUUGGGUCCAUCAGCUGGGCUGAGAGGGACCCUAGCCUUCAGCUCGAGUGUUCCUCAUCUCUCUUGA